ACGAAACUUGAAGUCUGGUAGCCUCAGGGGAGGUUUCUAACCGUAUCAUAUCUUGGCGGUGUUCACGAUGCACGUUCCAACUCUGAGAUUGGUCCUAUGUCUAAUGGUUUGCUGCGAUUUAUGGCUUGCCAGCAGCCAAAAGCUCCAACUUGAUUCAAUCGAUCAAUCGGAAUUAGUGCGCAAAGCCCGUGAAAUUAGGCAACAUCGUCAAGUUCGCCAAACGCGUCAACGUCGUCAGGAACAAGAUAAAGAAACGAAAUGCAAAUUCAAAUUUGCCCUGCUGGAUUUUCCUCCUUACAUAAUGAACCAAAGUAUGAACAAAGGAUUUAUGUAUCAAACCCUAACAUGGUUUGUGGACAUGGCUUGCUUUCGUAAAGAAGCAACAGACCCCAUAGCUUGCAAAAUGGUACCAGUAUUUGUUCAAAAUCAAGACGAGAUGGUGAAAUUGAUUAAAAAUAGGUCAGUUGAUUUUGGUUUUCCAAUUCUAUCGGAUGCAAAACAAAAGCUUACGGGUCUAAACAGAGUGACACUCAUCCGGGCAUUUGUAUCAUCGGGGUGUUCAAUGAUUGUGAACUUAAAGCAGUGCGAAGCAGAGUCACGGGAACAGUUAUUGACUUCCAUUACGUCACAAUGGCCCAUAUUGGCUUGUAUCAUAUUGCUGUCAGGGAUAUCUGGAGUGAUCAUUUGGCUCUUGGAACACCGUUCAAACGCGGCUCAGUUUUCACCCUCGUUCACGAUAGGAUCACCAGAAGGCUUUUGGUGGGCAGUGGUAUCACUUACAACAGUAGGGUACGGUGAUAAGACGCCUAAAACCCUCUGUGGACGUGCCUUUGGUAUAAUGUGGAUCCUGAUAGGAGCAAUAAUGUUGUCGCUGUUCACCGCCUUAUUUACAAAUGCUAUGCAAGCUUCCCUGGAUGGUACGAGAUGUAGGGACAUUGGUGGCAAAAAGGUGGGUGUGUCCAACAAGAAUCCUGAAACGCAUAUAGUUGCUAAGGAGCUGGAUGCAGACUUUGUCCAGUUCAAAAACCUGGACGAAAUGCAAAAAAAUCUUAGCCGAGGAACAAUUGGAAGAGUAAUGGUGGAUCGCAAUACUGCCUUUCACUUUCUGGAUAAAUCUGGUUUAAAACGAAACAGGCAGAUCCGAAUGAUUCGUAACAUUGAUUAUCCAAUGGAAUAUUACCUGGCUCACGUGAGCCAUGACGUAAUGGAGUCACCGAAUGACACGAACAAUUUUGAUGACGAAGUAUUGACUAGAAAAACUGAGCUUUCGGUUUGCGGGGAAAGCCUGAAAGAGUUAUCAGCGGAUGUGGUUGCAGUUGCAAAAGACACUGCCAAAGAGCAACUUAUCCCUGCCGAAUUACAGACAGCGGAUUUGUCCGAUGAAAUGGAAGGGUUAUUCUCCACUGGCUCACAAAUGACCAAAUUUAUUUUAUUUGCCUUAUUGGGAAUAUUUGCCUUCCUAUUAGUCAUCGGCAAACUAUGGGAAGUCUACACCAACUGUAAGCCAACGGUACGAAAGAAGAGAAAAGGACUGAUUCCUAGCAGCAGGAAGAUGUCAAUGAUGCAAAACUUCUUAGAUUUGGAGGAACGUCUAAAAGACAUAACGUCUGAUCUACAA